AUGGGAAUCGCGGUUGUUGAAGUCGCAACAAAGCCUUUCGCAGGACAAAAACCUGGAACCAGUGGACUCCGGAAGCGUGUUCCGGAAUUUCAGCAAGAGAACUACACUGAAAACUUCAUCCAGGCAAUUCUCGAUGGAGGAUUGGGAUCGCGUAAGAAAGGUGCUCAAUUGGUCGUCGGAGGAGAUGGAAGGUUCUUGUCGCUAGAAGCCGUGAACAUUAUCAUCAAAAUUUCCGCUGCCAAUGGAAUUUCGCGGCUCAUUGUUGGCCAAAAUGGAUUCCUCUCCACUCCGGCUGUCUCGAAUCUUAUUCGUAAGGGACAUGAGGGCAAAGCAAUUGAUGGUGGAAUCAUUCUCACUGCGAGUCACAACCCUGGAGGUCCAAAAGGAGACUUUGGUAUCAAAUUCAACUGUGAAAAUGGAGGACCCGCUCCAGAUCACGUUACCAAUGCAAUCUAUGACAUUACUACAAAGAUAAGCAAAUUUUCUAUUGCAAAGGAUUUGGAAUGUGACUUCACUAAGAUUGGGAGAUAUGAAUACGACAUUGAUGGCGUUGGUCACUUCAUUGUCGAUGUCAUUGAUUCAGUGAAAGCCUAUGUUGAGCUCAUGCAGUCGAUUUUUGACUUCGCCAAGAUCAAAAGCUUUUUGUCUGGUGAAACUACCGGAAAGAAAUUCCGAGUUUUGCUGGAUUCGAUGUAUGGCGCUACCGGGCCCUAUGUUUCGACAAUUUUGUGCGAUUUCUUGGGAUCUGAUUCAAAAGAUCUUUUGAGAACUGUUCCGAAACCCGACUUCGGUGGAGGUCAUCCAGAUCCUAAUCUCACCUAUGCUAAAGCGCUUGUUGAGCAGAUGAAAAGUGGAGAUCAUGAUCUUGGUGCUGCUUUUGAUGGCGAUGGUGAUCGCAACAUGAUUCUGGGUAAAUCUUCGUUCUUCGUCACUCCGAGCGAUUCUCUUGCUGUUAUCGCUGAUAACAUCGACGCGAUUCCAUAUUUCAAGAGCAAAAAAGUUGCCGGAUUUGCCCGUUCGAUGCCAACCGCUGGAGCUGUUGAUCUUGUCGCAAAAGCUAAAGGACUUCAGGUGUAUGAGACGCCUACCGGAUGGAAAUAUUUUGGAAAUCUUAUGGAUGCCGGAAGAAUCGCUCUCUGUGGAGAAGAAUCGUUCGGAACAGGCAGUGACCACAUCAGAGAGAAGGACGGUGUUUGGGCGCUUCUUGCGUGGCUCCAAAUUCUCGCAGAACGUAAGCAAUCUGUGGAAGAUAUCGUCAAAGCCCAUUGGCAAAAAUACGGAAGAAAUGUGUUCACGAGAUAUGACUAUGAAAAUGUUGAUUCUGCCGGCGCCAAUUUGCUCAUGACAUUCCUUGAGGCUCAAAUGGCCGCAUUCGUCGGAAAAGAGCUUUCAGCCAAUGGAUUCACUUACAAGGUGGCCGUUGCCGAUAACUUCCAAUACACUGAUCCGGUUGAUGGAUCAGUUGCCACGAAACAAGGACUUCGAAUUCUUUUCGAAGACGGUUCGCGUCUUGUUUUCCGUCUCUCCGGAACCGGCUCCGCUGGCGCCACAAUUCGAUUGUACGUUGAUUCGUACAUCCCGGCCAGCGACUCACAGCGGCUUCUUCAGCCAGCUCAGGAAUUGCUCAAACCACUUGUGCUCAUCGCUCUGGAUGUUUGCAAAAUGGAGCAGUUCACAAACCGCAAAGCACCAACGGUCAUCACAUAA